AUCAUGUAGACGUAACUUCCGGUCCUUUUAUUUGCGCCAUUUUGGAGAAGGCAGUUUGCCAGUGCUGGAUGUGCGUCUCGACUGUCAGAGAGGGCAACGGUUUUCAGGCUGUGGCCGCAAAAACAGGCAAUUUUCGGCGUCUUAUGUGAAAGACCGGCUGCGCUGCCUUAGUUGCCGCCCCCUUUGUCAGUCAGUCAGUGGGGCAGAAUGUGUGUCCGCCCUCGGCGCUCCGCGGAAUGGAGGUGGUGACUGUCUAAUGAAGCUCUCUGUGUCUGAGUGCCGACCACGGGGAAGAGGACAGAAGAGAAGAGGGGUUAUAACGUUUCUUACAGAAAAAGACGGGUCUUUCCCGUCGAAAACUGGAUUAAUAUUUUCUGAAAAAACAAACGAAGGAGAGUCACCGAUAGUGCAAUCAUCCUGAGGUGACACAUUUAGACCGGGCGGGAGCGUUUUGGACAUAAAAGCAGGGUGGGCAGAAUGUUCCAGCUCCCUGUCAAUAACCUGGGUAGCCUGCGGAAAGCAAGGAGAAAUGUGAAGAAGGUUCUGGGAGACAUCGGCCUGGAGUUCUGCAGGGAUCAUCUAGAGGACUAUAAAGACUUCACUCCUCCAGAGGUCUAUAUAAAGCACACAUCCUGGGAAGAUGUAUGCAUGUGGGAACCAUCGCAUACCAAAGUCCAGGACUACAGAUCUAAGCCUUUCUGCUGCUCGGGCUGUGUCUUUUCAUCCAAGUACUUCUCUGCCUACAAGAGCCACUUCCGUAACGUCCACAGUGAAGACUUUGAGAACAACAUUCUACUCAACUGUCCCUACUGCACUUACAAUGGCAACAAAAAGACUCUGGAAACACACAUCAAGCUUUUCCAUAUGCCCAACAACAACAUGCGGCAGAGUCCUGGUGGUAUGGUGCCAGGAUCUGGUGGGGUUAUGUUGAAGGAUGGAUUGCUAAAGCGAAGCGGCGACAGUGUAGAACAAGCUGUGUAUUACUGCAAGAAGUGUACCUACAGAGACCCUUUGUACAAUGUAGUGCGAAAGCACAUCUACCGGGAACACUUCCAGCAAGUGGCUCAGCCCUAUAUUGUGAAGCCAGGAGACAAGACAAAUGCCCAAAAUGGAGCUACAGGGAUUACAGAGAGUCAUAACUCAAACUAUGUCAACAGUAAUCAGAUUCACUGCAAAAAGUGUCUGUUCGUUCCCAGAACAUACGAGGCAUUGGUUCAACAUGUCAUUGAGGACCAUGAACGCAUUGGCUACCAAGUGACCGCUAUGAUUGGACACACCAGUGUGAUAGUCCCCCGUCCCAAACCCAUACUAAUGGUCCCUCCCAAAACUAUAGGAGACAGGACCAUUAUUGGUAUGGGCCCUAAGGGUGCAGUAAUGGCCAGUACCAGGACCCCUGGUUCACAGCUAAAUCGGGUUAUGGCGUCAAAGAUGGGCAUCAACGCCCACAAUCUUCUGGCUGGGAUGAAACAUGAUACAGUGGGGUUGAAGGCGGGGACAACCCAGUCAUUCUCAGUCGGCACUCAGCAAGUGAGGGUUAGUUUACCAGGGAAUGCUCAGGUUGCUGUGCCACAACAGUCGCAUGCAGCAAAGCAGCUUAUUUCAGGCAGCAGCAUACGGAAUCCAGUUGUGUUGAACGCUUCUUCUUCACUUAAAUCCAACCCUCUGGGUUCACGUGUCCAGGCAGCAGCUACUACUGUAGCCUCACUUACAGCCAAGAAAAGCGGAUCCUCAGUUCUUGGUACGUCCUACACUCAGAAGUGGAAAAUCUGCACCAUCUGCAACGAGCUCUUUCCAGAGAAUGUGUACAGCGCUCAUUUUGAAAAAGAGCACAAGGCUGAAAAGGUGCCUGCUGUUGCCAACUACAUCAUGAAGAUCCACAACUUCACCAGCAAAUGUCUUUACUGCAACCGUUACCUCCCCAGUGACACACUGUUAAACCACAUGUUGAUCCAUGGUCUGUCUUGUCCACACUGUCGGGCAACCUUUAACGACGUAGAGAAGAUGGUGGCACACAUGAGAUUUUCCCACCCUGAUGAGACAGUAGGUCCACGCACAGAUUCCCCCUUGACCUUUGAUCUAACUUUGCAACAGGGUAAUCCCAAAAAUGUCCAGUUGAUUGUCACUACCUACAAUAUGAAAGACUCGCCUCAGGAGUCUAUGGCGUUCCAAAAUCAAAUCAACAGCAGCUCCAUGUCAUCAGCCCUGUCUGCGUCUUUGACGUCGAGCAAGAAGGCGUUGCCUCAGCACUUGUCCAAAACCUCUUCAGCUUCUGCUGAUGGCGUGUCCGUCAGGAGUAUCCCACAGGCCUCUGUACCGUACAAAAGAGAUGUGGGUAAGACGCUUUGUCCCCUUUGCUUCUCUAUCCUUAAGGGACCAAUCUCAGACUCACUGGCUCACCACCUGAGAGACAGGCACCAGGUCAUUCAGACGGUCCAUCCUGUAGAAAAAAAACUGACCUACAAGUGUAUUCACUGCCUGGGGGUAUAUACUAGUAACAUGACUGCCUCCACCAUCACUCUACACCUGGUGCACUGUCGAGGCGUAGGCAAGUCUCAAAACGGUCAGGAGAACCGCGCACAUUCCUCUCGUGUCAGCCAGGCCCAGAGCAGUGCUCUGAAAAGGUCCAGCUUUGACAGUUCUAACACUAGUGCACCAAAAAGAAGGAGGGCUGGACCUCCUGGAGAAAAGGCACACCCAAGGGAUGUGAACGGUCAAUUUGUAGAAGAUCCUGAUGAACCUGUGACUCUAGCUCUGGACCCCAAAGGACUGGAACAUGAGUCCUACGAGUCCAGAAAGACCUUCUUGACAAUGUACUUUAACCAAGCGCCAUAUCCCACACAGAGAGAGGUUGAAAAGCUAGCGGCCAGUCUUUGGUUGUGGAAGUCAGACAUCUCCAGCCACUUCGGUAACAACAGAAGAAAGUGCACCCAGGAAUGUGAAACCCAAAAUGCCACUGUGUUGCUUGGCUUCAACAUGCAUGAAUUGGGCAGAGUAAGUCACAAGCUGGCAUUAACCCACGAAGGCUUAUUUGAGAGCCGGCACACCACAAGGCGGACAUCCAAGACGCGCAUUGGCGUGUCGGAGCAGGCGUUACAGAGACACAGGGACCUUAUAGCUGCCAAUGGUGGUGUGGUUCCACAACCAAAAGAGAAGCCAACACAGACAGUAGAAGGUUCUAAAUGUACGUCGUACACCCCCAAACCUAACAGUGCCAGCAAAGACCAAACCAAGACAAUCAGCAUCUCAGCACAAAAAAUGCCUUUGGACCUUUCAGAGCCCAUCCCCAUUGACUCGGACAGUGAUGGUGGAGAGCAUCAGCAGAAAAAACGACUCCGAAAACCUAAUGAGAAGGUGCAUCGAAGCAUAAAAAACAAGGUUAUUUCAGAUAUGGAUGAUCUAUCAGAUGACGACGAUGAUGAUGAUGAGGAUGAUGACGACGAUGACGAUGAUGAUGAUGAUGAGGAGGAGGAUGACGAAGAUGAAGAUGAAGAAUUUGAAGGGGCUCACAUAAAGAAUGGUUUUAUGCCUGCAGAGAGCUCAGGAAGACCGGCUGCUAAAGGGCGAGACCCGCUGCCCAUCAUAAUACCUAAAUUUGUACCGUCAUCUGCCAGAAGCAGAAGAGAUAGGACCCCACUCAGCAAACAGCAGGUCUGACCAGCUUGCACAGUCAAAGACAUUUAAGACUUUUGAUUUGCCUCACCUAUAUAAAAGGCACUGCUUGGUUACAAGUAGACACCGACAAGGAGAGGAAGCAAAAAAAAAAAAAAAACAAGCCAUUCAGCAAAGCUAAAAAGGCGAAAUGUGGCAAGCUGAUGAAUUAAUGUAGAGAUGUGGACAGUUUAAAUGUUUUGACGCCAAGUAGGAGACCAGGUAGAGUGACAACAAUGAAGUUAAAUGAAUUUAAAAAAGGUGGUUAGUGGUUAGUUUUUUUGCCUUCUGUUUUCUGAAUGUUAAAUAGAAAAUGGAGUUGCUGUUGUCCGGUCAACUACUGGGUUCCUGAGCUUGGCUGAAAACAGGGAGAUGUUUUGAGAAGAAGCGUUCAGACUGACCAGAUUGUCCACCAUUUUUCAUGUGGUUCUACAGAGAUAGGUAGUGUAAAUUUGUACAGUCUUUUAGACGAUGUUUUGACAAGUUUGAUGUACAUGUUCAUGUUUAAAUAUAUACCAUUACCUGUGUGUAAGGUAGCCUCAUAUGUUCUAGAUUGGUAUGCUUUAUGAUUGUUGUUGCUUAGGUGGCUGGUUUUUUCCCCAUGUAUGUUUAUUUUUAAAAAAAACUAUGAUUUGUUACACAAAAAUAAUAUAUCUCUAUAUAAAUGACAAACAAAAAUGUUUUUUUGUUUGAUUUUUUUUUCUCUUGAGCCAAUUUGAAUUGAAUUCUCCUUAGAAAGACCAGUACAUCUGAGCUGUCCUCUUAAAUUAUACGGCCUCACACUCACUCACCUUGACGUUAUUCAGUUUUUUUUUGUUUUGUUUUUGUUUUGUUUGUUUGUUUUUUUUUUACAAUUUUAGCUUAACCCUUUGUCUCCAAAAGGUGAUUAAGCACCAUAUCAGCAUCCCCUGAAGUGAAAAGCUAUUUUCUCCCUGAGGAAUUGUUAAAUAUGUGUUUUUUGAUCUGUGUGUAUUUGUUUUACCUUUUUCUUUUUCAAUUAUAAAUAAAAGUGCUGUAAUUGUGCUUCUCACUAA